AUAUUUUGGCUCCGUCGGGAUCUUUGUUACAGAGUGGGGAGAAGACCAUUGGGAGCUCAUCUUGUAUGCAGUGUAUAGUGCUAUUAGUGUGACAAGAUGACAGUCGAGAUCUCUCAGUCGGCAGAGUCGGACAUCAGGUCCAUAUACGACCUGUACCAAAGCACGGUUGGAGCUCUCCCCUUUUAUGCGCUCCCGUUCGACAAAUUCCAAGAGCUCGUCGUCGAACCUAGGUCGACCAUCUUUGUCGCCAGGAACAAAUCCGCCUCGAUUAUAGGCUUCGCACUCUGUGUCCUGAUUCGGACUGGCUCGGCGACAGCCAAAGCGGCUCAGCAUCUCAAGGGAUGUCUGUCGUUGCUAAUCGUGGACCCGUCUCAUCGCUGUCAAGGCAUCGGCAGCGCUCUGCAUACAGAGGCUCUCUCUUUCCUAAAUAGCAAAGUAUUUGCUUCUUUAUCCCUCUCGCACCCAAUCCCAAAUCACGGCACGUUGCAGCUAGGAUCGACUUUCCCUCGCUUCUUCCCUGGAGUUCCUAAUGGUCCUGAGUUUGACGACGCCGCAGCUUUCUUUAAGAAGCGAGGUUGGACGUACGGCAAAGAAGAUUCGAUAGACCUGUAUCGAACGGUUGUGUCUGGCAAAGCGCUCGACUUUCACAAUCUGACCAAGAGAGCAGAGGAGAAUGGUUUGACAUUCCGAAGUCCGAGGCAAGAGGAUGAAGAGGCGCUGUACAAGCUGGAGAAGGAGAACUUUGACAAUUCAACAGGUUGGCCAGAUGCGUUUCCUGAUCUCAUCGAUUCAGGCCACCGAGAUGACGUUUGGUGUGUCUUUACGAAAGAGGGACGUCUCAUCGGAGCCACCGUUGCAGCUCUGGCUCCUGAUCCAGAGUCAAAUGAUCGCGAGAACCCGUUCCAUGCUUCGCUUGCCUGGCCAAGGACGUUAGGCAAACGCUGCGGAGUCAUUGCCUGUGUGGGAAUAGCAAGUGCAGAAAGAGGGAAUGGAGCCGGUGUUGCACUGGUAGCGACGGCUCUGAACAACCUCGCACUUCGAGGUGCGGAUGGCUGUUUCAUCGACUGGGUCCACUUGGAUGGUUUUUACGAGCUGGUCGGCUUCAAGCAGUGGGAGAGGAGUUACAGAGAGGCUUCGAGGGAGGUGCGGUAGAUUGCACUGAGGCUGAAGGUGUAUGUAGCAUUACAUUGUACAGCGUGAUGUAAGCACAUCUUGCGUCUGG